GGACUUCUUCUCAAGAUCUAUGACAUGGAAACUUCUACAAUGUCCAGCCUUGAUCGGGCACUGCCGUCCACCUUGAGGUUUCGUAUUGUCGAAUCGUAAAGCCUUGCUGAAUCUUGGCAAGGCUGAACUCCAUCGAUAAGGCUGUGUGAUAUCUCAUCCUGCGAAGAGCGACGUCAUACGAACAUUGCCCACAACCAGUUCUCUUUUUAUCACCUUGUCCACCAUUACCUCGAUGAAUGACUAGCCUUUGGAUGAUUCAGCAGCCUGCUGUUCAUCUGUAGGAAUGACGCCAUCACCCUGUUAAUGACAGGUUAUCCUUCUGGUCUCGCCCAUCGCCCUCCACAAUGCCUCUCCAUCUCCUCGGGAAGAAGUCAUGGAACGUCUACAAUCCUGCCAAUAUCGAGCGAGUCCGACGUGACGAAGCAGAGGCAAAAAAGCAAGAAGAGAAGGCAGAGCGCAAAGCGCGGCAGGAUGAAGCGGAUGACCGACUCGCCAUUCUAAGAGGAGAUAAACAAGGCGGACCUACCGAACGGGACAUCGUUGAAGGGUCGGUUGAUCAUCGCAGAUCCAAGAAGCGGAAACUGAUUGGUGAAGAUGACACCGACCGAGACAUUCGAUUGGCGCAGCAAAGCCAAGCGCAAUCCAAUACAUCGCUCCAAUCUACUCUGCAUCGCGGGCAAGGAGACCGAGCCAUCUCUCUGACGGACAAGAAAGGCAACUUUUCGUUAAUCCCCCAGUCCCAAUCCCAGGUUCAGUCUCAACCUAGAUCACGUGUUGACGACAAUCCAACUCACUUCUAUCUCUCUUCCGCUGCCACCGGCCAGACGUCCACCGGCCUCCAUCAGCCAUGGUACAAAAUACCAAAAGGGGAAGACCAAACGCAGUGGGGUUCAACAUCUCCACGUCGCCAGGAACGUGAAGCAGAACGUCUCUCGACUAACGACCCGCUUGCUUUGAUGAAACGUGGAGUGAAAAAGCUACGUGAAUCGGAGCGUGAGAGGCAGCAGUGGCGAGAGCAAAGGGAACGAGAUCUACGAGAGGUGGAGGAUAUGGCCAGGCGAGAACGAAGGAGGAAGGAGAGGCAAGAUCACCAUCACAACCGGGACCAUGAUAGGAAACAACACGGGAGACAUCAUGAAGAUGGCGAAAGCCAUGGGCGCCACCCCCGCCACCAUCGUCGCCAUCAUCAAGCUGUCGAGCAGACCGGCUCCCGAAAGUCAGCGCCAUCCGAUGUCGAAGACCUCGACAGUCUAGAGGAUUUUGAUCUUGACAAGGGACAUUCUCGAGUCGAUCUACCACCUGAUCACGAUCGCCAUAGGCGUAGACGUGAUAAGUCCGACAGGGAGAGGCGUGAUGAUCAGGUGCAAAUGCCCGGCGAGAGUCAUCCUCGUUGGGCAUCGCGCCAUAGCUAUGAAAAGGUUCACAAAACGCAGUCUCAUUAACAAUCUCCAUGGCGUUGCAUGGAAAGGUUAAAUUCUAUUUUCAAUUACAUUCCGAAUGUGAGAAUCAAAACAACGGACGCCAGGACUAAACUAGGCAACCAAAACAAGAUCAAAUGGAUCGAAGCCAAUGAAUCCAAAUCUCAACUCCAGCUACUCGCUGACCUAUGCCAUAUCUUCACCAAAGUCGGUCUAGGCUGAUCGCGCCCGCUUGCCCUGAGGCUCAUGAGGCGGUUCUUCUGCCGCCCCGCGUUUUAAACUCAUAGCGUUCUUAGGGGAAGCCUUGCUCGCGGCCGCAUCUUUCCCACCUGGUUUAGACUGGAGAUCUCCCCACUGACGAGGGAAGCUACCAGAGCCAGACACAGUCGCUUUUUGCAGAUCGUUAUUUUCCACCGUGACUGUGACCGACAAGGUCUGAUUCUCGGAUGUGCCUGGGAUGUCGUCCGCCAAAUACUUUGGGAAGUUGAUUGUUUCGCCAUUAAACUCAACGACAACAGAGAUGAAGGCUUUCCCAGGCGGCGGGCCUUCUCCUUUCUCAGGUUCAGGGUCCUCGUCGCGCUCGUCGUCCUCAUCGUUAUCGCCUUCCUUGUCGCCGUCCUUAUCUCUGGAUGGAUUGGAGGCAGGUGGUUCGGGUAAGUUUGUAUAAGUACUCAACGGAAAUGGUUGUAGCGACAAUUCUUCCAGUGGUGUGACCUCCCUUUCCCCGAUCGUCGCUUGUGUUUGCUGUGCUGU